AUGCCGCGCGCAGCUUACAAGUCGAAACCAUCGCUUGCAAUCAAAUUGGAAGGGAACCGGUUGGCGUACAACCCAGGAGAUGUAAUCAUCGGAUGUGUGUACAGAACCUCGUCACUGUCCUGCGCAGAUCCUUACGUAUGCAUCUCCUUCCACGGACGAACAAAAGUCAAGCACUGGGUUGACUGCGGAGGGGAUGGCGCCAUACCCUUGCGGAGCAGUCUGAUAUUGCUUGAUAGCCAGCGGCAUAGGCAAAAGCUUUCACAUGUUAUCCAAAGCACCAAGGAUGGGAGCCCAGUAUAUGAAUGGAGUUUUGCGCUCACAGUCCCCACGACCGUCGAUGAAGGAGCACAGGGGAGGAAAGCCUCAUUCACACCGUUCACUCAGGACGUGGCGGAUAACAAAACUCUGCCUGCUAGCUUCACUGGGGUUACACAGACUGGUGGAAAUGAAGCAUAUGUUGAGUACUUUCUCCAAGCAGGCUUGCCGGUUCAAGGCAAGGCGAUAGCGGCACACGAGGCCAUCCUCCCGAUCAAGAUCCUACCAAGCCUGGAGCAGCCGAUACUUGUAGAUCAUCUGCUUCAAGAGCAGCAUCAUCAGCUCCAAGUCAACUCGGAACGGCUCAUACCAGGGAUGGAGAAUUACCGACCUUCAUUCUCCCAAACACUGAAAAGAACCUUCGCCCCAAAGGUAAAUUGCAGGCUUUCCUUUCGAAUUGAUAUCCAGGUUCCCAGCGUCAUCCAGCUGCAAUCAGAGGUCCCGAUCCCCUUACUGGUAUCAGCCGCGCCGCUAUGGGACAAGACGGAUGAAAUUAUUCGCAACGUCCCACAGAUGAUCCUCAUAGUUGGAUUGAAUCUUAUGCUGCACUCCGUAACCCAGGUCAGGUGCGAGCGUGACCAACUCGGCGAAUGGGUUAAUAGUAUUCCCUUGGCUCAUCGCCUUCCACGCAACCCUCCGCUAGCAAUCCAAUGCACUGGGAAGGGGGAGCAGCCAGUCGAUAUUGGCACGGAUGUGAACUUGCGGAUCCCUGAGAAGAAACCCUACGAGGUGACCGUAUUUGAGAUCGAGCCUGAUUAUCUCGCGUGGAAUUUUCGCCAUUUACACAGGAUUGAGUAUGAAUUGAGAUUUUUGGUUGGGGGCAAAUCAGUCACAGCCACUGGCGAGCAGACCCUUCAGAUCCUGCCACCAAACAACAUUGAGAGAUUGUAA